AUAAACUCAAAACCAGACAGAACUCCUCAAAAACAAAACAAAAACAAGAAGAAGAAGAAAAAAAAGCGCCAAAAUUAGAUUUCACCGGCGAGUUUUUAUCUUCUUUAUGAGCUAAAAAUUAGAAGAAGAAGUAAACCAGAAGAACGACGCCGUUCUCUUAAUUUUCGGUGAUCAGAGGAUGACGUCGGGGACAAGAACACCGACAUGGAAAGAGAGAGAGAACAACAAACGGCGAGAGCGGCGAAGACGCGCGAUUGCGGCUAAGAUCUUCUCGGGACUUAGGAUUCAUGGAAACUUCAAGCUCCCCAAACACUGCGAUAACAACGAAGUUCUUAAAGCUCUCUGCAAUGAAGCUGGUUGGACCGUCGAAGACGACGGAACUACUUACCGGAAGGGAUGCAAACCAAUGGAUCGAAUGGAACUCAUGAAUGGUUCUACUUCAGCAAGUCCAUGCUCAUCAUACCAACCAAGCCCUCGUGGCUCAUACAAUCCAAGCCCUUCAUCUUCAUCAUUCCCGAGUCCUACAAACCCAUUUGGUGAUGCUAACUCACUAAUCCCUUGGCUCAAAAACCUGUCUUCAAACUCACCUUCCAAGCUUCCUUUCUUCCAUGGAAGCUCGAUAAGCGCUCCUGUGACUCCACCAUUGGCUCGAAGCCCUACUCGUGAUCAAGUAACCACCAUCACAGACUCUGGAUGGCUCUCUGGAAUGCAAACUCCACAGAGCGGACCGUCUUCUCCUACUUUCAGCCUAGUCUCAAGAAACCCUUUUUUCGACAAAGAGGCUUUCAAAAUGGGAGAUUGUAACUCACCAAUGUGGACUCCUGGACAAAGUGGAAACUGUUCUCCGGCUAUUCCUGCUGGUGUUGAUCAGAACUCUGAUGUGCCAAUGGCUGAUGGAAUGGCUGCUGAGUUUGCUUUUGGCUGUAACGCAAUCGCUGCGGUUGGAAUGGUUAAGCCUUGGGAAGGAGAAAGGAUACAUGGAGAAUGCGUUUCAGAUGAUUUAGAACUUACACUUGGAACCUCAAGAACAAGAUGAUGAUUUCAGAGAAGGAAUCAGUGUCGUUUGCUAUCAGUGAACUCUCUUAUCAAAUUAAUUCAUCUCUUACUUUUCUUUCAUCUUUUUUUGUUUGUUUUUUUUUUCAGUGUGAUGAUUAAAGAGGUUAUUAAGAGAGGAAAAAGGGGGUAAAAGAAAGGAAAAAAGAACAUUUUGAACUGUUUUUUUUUUGGUUGGCUUUUUGACUAAAGUUGUAGUUAGAAUCUAUUUUAGCUCUCGAAGUUUUAUUUGUUUUGUUAUUUGUGGAAAUUCGAUUUGAUAUUAGUGAUGCUAUAAUGGAAUUCAUCUAUUUCUGUGA